CACUGUGGCAUAUGUUGUGUUAUUUUAUUGACGCAGGUCAAUUUAAUCGUUUAGGAAAUUGAGGUACAUGACAGUAAAGGGUUGAUGAAGAAAUCUGUUUAUUAUGGGUUCCAAACAUAAGAAGGAAUGAAUUCACGGAAGGAUGACGGACUUUCCCACUGAGGACAGUGAUGUCAACGCUCAGUACUUUCAUUUAAAGGAGAAAGAGGAAAUGAGUAUUGUUCCAUCAGAGAGAGAGAGAGAGAGAGAGAGAGAGAGAGAGAGAGAGAGGAAAAGAGACUGAGAUCCUGAGAAAGUCCAGAUGAACGUGUGAGAGAAUCAACAGCAGCUGUGAUCCUGAGAAAUCCACACGACAGACGGUGUCAAGUGUUAGAGGACAGCAUGGCUCCUCGUCCAUCAUCAGGAGAGUUAUGGGGUCUUCACCUUAUGCCUCCUCGUAUCCUGGUGGACUGCUGUCUACCCAACGGCAUUCUGGUCAGUUUGGAGUGUUUGAGAGAAGCACCGCUGAUCAGCAUCAAACAACAGCUGUUCACCGAAGCCCGCAAAUACCCCCUGUACCACCUGCUGCAGGAAGAGUCGUGCUACAUCUUUGUGGGUGUCACUCAAGAAGCCGAGAGGGAGGAGUUCUACGAUGAAACCAGACGUCUGUGUGACCUACGACUCUUUCACCCCAUCCUGAAGGUCAUUGAGCCGCUGGGAAACCGAGAGGAGAAGAUACUGAACAGAGAGAUUGGCUUCGCUAUAGGAAUGCCCAUCUGUGAGUUCGAGCUGCUGAAGGAUCCAGAGGUCCAGGACUUCCGGCGGAACAUUCUGAGCGUGUGCAGAGAGGCGGUGGAGGAGCGUGAGGGAGGAGGGGCUCACACGCAGGCGCUGUACGUCUACCCCCCAAAUGUGGAGUCAGCGGCUGACCUGCCGCAACACAUCUACAGCAAACUGGACAAAGGCCGUCUGAUGGUCACCAUCUGGGUGAUCGUGUCUCCGUCCAACUCCAAGCAGAAGUACACGCUGAAGAUCACACAUGACUCCCUCCCCGAGCAGCUGAUAGCAGAAGCCAUCCGUAAGAAGACGCGCAGCAUGCAUCUGUCUGCGCAGCAGCUGCGUCUGUGUGUGCAGGAGUAUCAGGGUCAGUACAUACUGAAAGUGUGCGGAUGUGAUGAAUACCUGCUGGAGAAGUAUCCCCUCAGCCAAUACAAGUACAUCAGGAGCUGCAUCACACUGGGCCGUCUCCCUCACCUGAUGUUAGUGAGUAAAGACAGUUUAUACACUCAACUGCCUGCCAGUGGAUUCGUGGCUCCAUCUUACAGCCGCCGCACGCCUCAGCCGAGCCCGUGUCCGGGCGGGGGGGACCCGGGGUCACCGCGCUCUCUCUGGGCCUUUAACACACAUCUGAGAGUCCGACUGCUGUGCGCCACAUACGUCAACGUCAACAUCAGAGACAUAGACAAGAUUUAUGUCAGGACAGGUAUAUAUCACGGAGGAGAGCCGCUGUGUGACAACGUCAACACUCAGAGAGUGCCCUGCUCUAACCCCAGGUGGAAUGAAUGGCUGUCAUAUGACAUUUAUCUGACGGAUAUCCCCCGCUCUGCUCGUCUCUGUCUGUCCAUAUGUUCUGUCAAGGGUCGCAAGGGUGCCAAAGAGGAGCAUUGUCCGCUGGCGUGGGGAAACAUCAACCUCUUCGACUAUAAAGACACUCUAGUCAAUGGGAAAUUGGCUUUGGGUCUGUGGCCAGUCCCUCACGGUCUGGAAGAUCUCCUCAAUCCCAUCGGUGUUUCAGGAUCAAACUCAAAUAAAGAAACACCGUGUGUGGAGCUGGAGUUUCCCUGGUUCAAUCAGACCGUUGUGUUUCCUGAAGAGCAGCAGAUCGAGGAACACGCCAACUGGAUCAUCUCUCGUGAGCUGGGCUACAGCUACUGCCUGGGACUGACCAGUCGUGUGGCGUAUGACAGCAGCAUAUCGCAGUCAGAUGGAGAGCAGCUGCGCACACUGUGCAGUCGAGACCCGCUGUAUGAACUCUCAGAACAAGAGAAAGAUUUCCUCUGGAGACAUCGACAUUACAGUGUAAAUAUCCCAGAAAGUCUUCCCAAACUUCUGCUGUCUGUCAAGUGGAACUCGCGGGAUGAAGUGUCACAGAUCUACUGUCUGCUGAAGGACUGGCCUCUCAUGCAGCCUGAAUCUGCUCUGGAGCUGCUGGACUGUAACUUUCCAGAUCCGAUGGUCCGAGAAUUUGCACUGAGAUGUCUCAUUCAGGGUCUCACAGACGACAAACUCAGUCAGUACCUGCUGCAGCUCGUACAGGUGCUGAAGUAUGAGAUGUAUCUGGAUAAUCCUUUAGCUCGUUUCCUGAUCAAGAAAGCUUUGACCAAUCAGAGGAUCGGACAUUUCUUCUUCUGGCAUCUGAAGUCUGAGAUGCACAAUAAAACUGUGUCGCGGAGGUUCGGGCUCCUGCUGGAGGCGUUCUGUCGGGCGUGUGGCAUGUACCUGAAACAUCUGAACCGACAGGUGGAGGCUAUGGACAAACUGGUGAACCUCACAGACACACUGAAGCAGGAGAAGAAAGACGAGACACAGAAGACACAGAUGAAGUUCUUGGUGGAGCACAUGUCCCGACCAGAUUACAUGGAGGCACUGCAGGGCUUUGUUUCUCCUCUAAACCCUGUACACCAGCUCGGAAGUCUUAGGUUGGAGGAGUGUCGUAUCAUGUCUUCAGCUAAGAGGCCGCUGUGGUUGAACUGGGAGAAUCCAGAUAUCAUGAGUGAGCUGCUCUUCACCAAUAAUGAGAUCAUCUUUAAGAAUGGAGACGAUCUACGGCAGGACAUGCUGACGCUUCAGAUUAUUAAAAUCAUGGAGAAUAUCUGGCAGAAUCAAGGGCUGGACCUGCGAAUGCUGCCGUACGGCUGUCUGUCCAUCGGUGACUGUGUGGGACUCAUUGAGGUGGUGAAGAACUCUCACACCAUCAUGCAGAUUCAGUGUAAAGGUGGACUGAAGGGGGCACUGCAGUUCAACAGCAACACACUGCACCACUGGAUCAAAGAGAAGAACAAGGGAGAAGCUUAUGACAGGGCCAUUGAUUUAUUCACUCGCUCAUGUGCUGGAUACUGUGUGGCAACUUUCAUACUGGGCAUAGGAGACAGACACAACAGCAACAUCAUGGUGAAGGAGAACGGACAGCUCUUCCACAUUGACUUUGGUCAUUUUCUGGAUCAUAAAAAGAAGAAGUUUGGUUAUAAACGUGAGCGAGUUCCUUUCGUCCUCACACAGGACUUCUUGAUCGUCAUCAGUAAAGGUGUGCAGGAGUGCACCAAGACCAAAGAGUUUGAGAGGUUUCAGGAGAUGUGUUACAAAGCCUAUCUGGCCAUCCGUCAGCACGCCAGUCUCUUCAUCAAUCUCUUCUCUCUGCUGUUGGGUUGCGGGAUGCCCGAGCUGCAGAGCUUUGAUGACAUUGCGUAUCUGCGCAAGACGCUGGCGCUGGAGAAGAACCAGCAGGAGGCGCUGGAGUACUUCACCAAACAGAUGAAUGACGCCCAUCACGGAGGAUGGACCACCAAAAUGGACUGGAUCUUUCACACCAUCAGACACAUGCCCAACGAACACUGACACGCCACCACGACAUCCGCUUUACCAGAAAACACUAACCCUUCCUACACAACCACACAGCGAGAGAAACCACUGAGGUGCUUUAAAAAGCAACAGGAAAUUCACUGAACCCUGAAGUUUUUCCGUCUCUCUGAGACCACAAAGACUCCGCUGCCGAGCAGCUAGACAAUAGAGUUUACAUUCCUCCUCAGGGUCUCCGUGAAGGUCAAACUUUGUCAUAUCAACGAUGUUUCCCAGCAUGCACUGCAGACCGGGAGUCUUCCACAGAGUAAAGAGCUUACACACCGCUGGACGUUAGAGAAGAAACUGUGAUGUGAGAGAAGCCGGCCAAUCAACAUCAUCGCUGCGAUCUACAAUCAAUGAUUCUGUGAGAUGACAAUCAGUGAUCAAUGUGUGUGCGUACAGAUUCAGAUGCUCUGCUGAAAUGAACCGUGAGAGCUGACUCAACACACCCACACGUUACACAACACAACAACAACCAUUUCAACAAAGUGCUUCAUGUGAAUGGAGACAUCAUCGGUUGUGUGCAAACGCGUGCGUCCGCUUCCUUCAUGUCACAUUCCUGACAAACGCAAUAACAACAUACACACACACAACAAAUAUCACUGUACUGUAAUUUUGAUAAAACUUGAGAAGUCAGAUUUGUGUUGUUGUGUAGUGACAUUUGCUUUAAUAAACAGUUUUUAAAUUGUA